AUGGAUCCAGCAACCGAAAAACACUACGUUUCAGCAGACAACGCCAGGACAUUCGUCCAGUCCGUCUUAACAGGUAACGGCGUCUCCCCAGAAAAUGCCACCAUCAUCGCCGACUGCCUGGUCCGCGCCGACCUACGCGGAGUGGACACCCACGGCAUCAAUCGCAUCCCAUCCUACAUGGAACGCAUCCGUCAAGGAGUGCUAGACGCCAAAGCCAACCCCGUGCUGAACCAAAUCACGCCGGUCGUGGCGCAGGUAGACGGAAAGAACGGGUUCGGGUUCGUCGCCGCGCAUCUCGGGAUGAAGCGGGCGAUUGAGAUGGCGCGCGAGUUUGGAAUCGGGUUCGUCUCCGUCAAGCAUUCGAAUCAUUUCGGGAUGUCCGCGUGGGUGGUGCAGCAGGCGCUUGACGCGGGGAUGAUGAGUCUGGUUUUCACGAACUCGUCGCCGGCGUUGCCUGUUUGGGGUGGGAGGGAGAAGUUGAUGGGAGUGUCUCCGUUGGCGUGCGGUGCGCCGGCGGGUAAGGAGAAGCCGUUUAUUCUGGAUAUGGCGCCCUCGAUUGCGGCGCGAGGCAAGAUCUACAAGGCUGCGAGGCGGGGGGAGAAGAUUCCCAGCGAUUGGGCUUUGGAUGGUGAGGGACGGCCUACGGAUGACCCGCACAAGGCGCUUGAAGGUGUGAUGUUGCCUAUGGGAGGGCCGAAGGGAUCGGCGCUCGCGGUCAUGAUGGAUGUAUUCUCUGGAGUCCUGUCUGGCUCGGCAUUUGCGGGUCAUGUCACUAAUCCCUAUGAUCCUUCGAAACCGGCUGAUGUAGGGCAUUUUCUCGUCGCUAUCAAGCCGGAUCUCUUCAUGAGCCUGGAGGAGUUCAAGGAGCGGAUGGAUUAUCUUUAUCAGAGGGUGGUGGGCUCCGAGAAAAUGGCUGGAGUAGAUCACAUCUACUUUCCUGGGGAAAUUGAACAGAUCACGCACGAGGAGAGAUUGAAGACGGGCAUUCCGUAUGUCCAAGCAGAAAUAGAUGCAUUGAACAGGGAGGCAGAGAAAGUUGGCGCAGAAAGGAUUGUUAUCGAUCGGAAAUGA